AUGGAAGAGCUUGUACUGCUCGAGCCUGGCGAGGUGGAUGAUCCAGAUGUCGUAGAUCCAGAUGUUGUUGACUCAGAAGUGGAAGACCCAGAAGCGGAAGAUCCAGACGUUGUUGAUCCGGAAGUGGAAGACCCAGAGGUGGAAGAUCCAGACGUUGUUGAUCCGGAAGUGGAAGACCCAGAGGUGGAAGAUCCAGAUGUUGUUAAUGCACUAGACGUAGUCGUCGACGGAGUGAGUGAUUGGGAAAUUGACGAACUCGAACUUCCGCUGGUUGUAGAAGCUCCAGUCGAGCUUGAAAAGCUAGACGUCGACGACUGA